AAUUUAGUUUGAGAAGGUUUAGUAGUUAUCAUCAAACAUCGGGUAUAGUGACACCUAGUGAAGUAAAAAUCGUAGUGUAAAAUACAUAUAAUUCUAAUAAAAUGGCAAUUUGAGUGAACAAUUUACAACUACAGUAGAAUAUGUAGUAUAUAUGUAACAUUAUGCUAAAGUUAUUAAUUUUAACCUUUUGUAUCUCAUCCAAAUGUUUUUUUUAAUACUUUUUUUACUAAACGCAAUAUGUGACGCCGCUCCUGGACAUUAUGAGUGCGGUGUGCACGGAAGGUUUGAGUAUUGCCUUGAUGAUUUCCCGGGCUGCGUCAUCGGCUGCCACUGCUACCCGGGCUAUUACUUCGACACAGAGUCUAAAAUAUGCGAGCCCAACACUAAACUGACACAAGACUACAGGCGCCAUAUGACACCUACUGGAUACACGUACGGACACAGUAGCGCGCUAGUACCUCCAUAUCCAGUAGCACCGUCCUCCCCGACAGUGGUAACUGCUAACAUCGACGAGCCCGCUCAAAACAGUGACAACAGCGACCUCAGCGACUGGCUCUACAACCAGUUCUUUAAAACUAUAGAAAGCCAAGUCGUCAACAAAACAGACGAAGAGCCCUUGAAGACGGGGACGAGGAGGAGCGGUGCACCGAUAGAACCAUUCCUCACACGAACACAUAGUAACAGAAGAAGAAAGUCUAAAAAACGUAGUUCGCGUAAAAAGAUAAUUAGGGACGAUGACGAGGAUAGCGAGGAAGAUUCCAGCUCCGGUUCCGACUCGUCAGAAUCGGACUCCGAUGAAUCGAAAGGUGACCUGGGCAGCUGGGAGCGUUUCGAGUGGGGCCCGCACCCAAACGGAUCCCCUAAAGGGCCACCCGAUGCCAACAAGGAUGGCGCCCACAGGCAGAUAGUCAUGUACAGCAAAAAGCCUAAACCACCGCUACCUUCAUUUAUUUUCUUACCAAAUAUGGGAACGGCAUUUUUCCCGCCUUUAGGACUACCCGCUCCGCCUAUACCGAUGUACCCUAUGGUGCCUAUCCCUCCAAUCCCUCAGGGUCCACCGGAUCAUAGUGAAAAUGAUCAAACUACUGUAGCGGCAUCAACGCAGCAACCAACAACGUCUGCCUCGACCACGACGAUGGGUGCGCCCACGCCGUCACCAGUGCCGACAGCGGACACGCCGACUACAACGCCGACCACCGUGCCGGCCGACGCGCCGCCCGACGGCAAGAAUGUCUUGCGAACUCACAAAUUGCUUAAUAGAUUCCGGCCUCCUCCUAUCAAAAAUCGAAACAAACCACAAGCGAGACAAGUAUUCAAACCAUCACCGCUACCACCUAUGCCACCCAUGGACUAUCCUAUGAAGCAAUACGUCCAGGAAGACAACUAUUACGAUGACAUGUUUAUGGGAGACAAUAAUUUCCUCUUCGAACAAGGUGACAAAAUGGACGCCGGCCCUGACUUCAAAUAUAUAAGCGAACUAAUUCAUAGGAACACCAAUGAAAGCAACAAAAGCACAUCAAAACCGCCCAAUAUGCAAAAUCCUCAGAAACAUGAACAAUUUCAGGGCAUGAAGCCUCCUAUACCUAAGAGAAGACAUCCUAUCACGCCAGGUCGCCUUGACUAUUCCACACGACGUCGAUUCGACUCGAAAACAAACAAAGAAGACGACUCUUAUUACAGUACAUUAGGAAAACAAAUAGCAAAACUUAUUAGAGAAUUGGAUUCUGCAGAUGUCCUUAGAGCAGACAUCAAAAUUGAACCAACUGAGGAUCCUAAAACUGCACAUCCAUUUUUCAGUGAGAGUAGUUACGCGGCGCGCACUUACUGGGAAAGAUUUGUACGAUCUCCUCUGAGUUUGAGACUGAAAAAUUUUACAAAAUACGAAGAUUUAAUAGCCAGCAAUGAAAAUUUGUUUGAACUUGAAAACCAGGUCCAGGAAGCAACGUACGCGCCGGUUUUGAGUUGGUUAGAACUUGAAAAUGUUAUCAAUACAAUGGGGGCAAUACGAAAUCAGAUACAUGUCAGAACGUUAAAGAACAAUUACGAUAAGUUGUCCAACGCCAGCCUUAAUGUUAGCCUGCUGCCGCGGUUUAGUGCAAAAAAUGUCGAAUCGCAGAAACCGAAAAUAAGAACUAAAGAUUACAUGCUUUUCUCAGAAUUCGACGAUGGCAAAUUAACCGGAUCUAAUCAACAUCAAAAGUUAUCAAAAAAAGGGUUUAAAGAUAAAGCAGAAGAACUUGAGAAACAAUCUAAAAAUGGAAGAAACAUCACUUUAGUAAAUAAAGUACCCGGAUCCAUUCACCUUAACACAAACAUUCAUGUUCUGCGUAGUGUUGUUUCCACGCUAAAACCAAUGUUUUUAACUUCACGUAAAAAAAGUACUAAAGACGCAGUGGUACAAGUAAAAAAGGAUCACGACAACGAUAAAAUUGAUUAUUUCAAUGAGAUUAAUAAUAAACCUCAUGUGUUUCAGGCAUCCACUUUUGUAAGGUCGAAGAAAUAUUUCUUUGACAGUGGCACCAACACCGAUUAUCAGUUCGAAAAUUGGGCUAUGGAUUAGCACGUAGAAAAAAUGUUUUUAGAAAACAAAAAACAAUAGAACUUUCUAAGUAUUUACUUCCAAUAAUAAAACCAAUUCUCAAACAGAGUGUGCUCGCUGUAGUAAUCCAGCGAGUGUUUACUAUAAACAAACUAGGAGCAGCAUGCCAAGUCCGGCUGCAGUGCGGUGGAUACCCGCGCAGUACGCUCCGUCCUGCAACCGAGCUUGCCAGUUUUCAUAAACUGCAUCCUGACUAUUGCUGCAAACAUCAGGAGAUUGUUGCAACGCUCAGUGUGUAAAGGGGCAAUGUACGCAGCGCAGUAUUCGAUAUCGUUUCGCGUGAAAGUAGGAAUAAACGGUAAUCCUGUUGUAUUCUUCACAGACAAUUUAAUUCCCAUUUCAUAACGCGCGACGUACAGGGCCGCAUCGCGGCGAUGCCGGCGGCGCGGCGCAGCGGCUGCAUCUCGCUUAGCUUAUGUACCAUCAGCAAGUUGUGAAUUCGAGCGCAAGGGACGCGAUCACGCCGCUUGCACUGCUGCUAGUAUUCCCACUUCCAUUAUAGCCAACUUAAUCUCCUCGAUACGGGAUUUCCAUAUUUUGAACUCGCUUCUAACAUUUCCAUUUAAGUCGCAAGUUGUGAGCCGAUUAUUAUAAUUGUCGACCGAUGUAAGCAUAUCGAAUAGCGCCGAACUAAAGCUGUAUAAAUUGUCGCAAUAACAGUUACAUGCAGGUCGCAUCGACCAAUUUAGUUAGGUUGGGUUUGUGUUGGGUUGGGAAUGUAAAUAAAGAUUUGAAUAAUAUAA